UUAUUUGAAAUGAUAAUGAAUAAAAACUAUUAACUAUUUUUUAUUUAUGCAAAAUAUAUGAAGAUGCGAGCUAUUUUCGUCGACUUUAAUAAGUCUAUUUUUUUUUUUAGAAUAAGCAGUGAUGUAAUGAUCGAACAACGGACGCGUGCAAAAUAAAAUAUGCGAUACGUCCGUAUGAAUGAAAUGUAUCGGGCAAAAAUUGGGGUGCUACACUUACUUACAAUGAUGGAUUUCAAAUCUUUUAUUUUUCUCAUACUACUGUCUGGCGUGGUUCUCAUAUCUGUAGUUGUGGCUGAUGAACCAGAUCCUGAUCCACCAAGUCCAAAGAAAAACGUCAAUGAAGACCUUAAGGGAUGUUUCAAUCGUGAAAAAGGUGGGAGGAAGAUGAUUUUGGUUCCACUUCAUGAUGAAAACUGCAAGGAAAACAUAGGCGCAGAAUAUGGUGAUAACAUAUUUGGUGAAAUUGGCGACGGUGGCGUUCAAGGAAGAGAUAAUAUAGAUGGUAUAGGGAAAGGUGGACGUGUUAAUGAUGGAAUAGAUCAUGGUGGUGGAAAAAGUGGUAGCGGAGGAGAUUAUGGAGAUGGAACUGGAGUAGGAGAUGGAGAAAGUGUUGGAAGCAGAGAUUACAGUAAUGGAAGAAGUGGAGAAAACGUCAAUACAAGUGGCGGAGGUGGUGGAAGCGAAGGAGGAGGCGGAGGAUAUUAGUGCAAUGGUAAAUGAGACUUCUAUGAUUUAUGACAAAUAUAAAAAGAGAAUAUACGCUCUCUUCAAGUUUCUUUAUCCUUAAGUGUAUGUCAUAAUUAUAGUAUUGUCUCUCUUUAUGUAUAGUACAUGAAUUAUGAAUAAUAAAA